CAUGGAUGCAAUAUUCAAUGUUACCUACUACUACUAGUAGUACUAAAAACAGCAUUGUGAUCAAUUCUAUUAACCUACUAGACCAGUGUGUAUGGAGUAGCAUUGAAGUCCCAACCUCAUCUACUUAAUGCAAUUUCCUAUAUACUAUACAUCAGUACUAUGUACCUAGUAUACACCUAGGUAUAUAAGUACUAACCGUAGUGUAUGUUUGUGACACAUGUGUUUGUCAACAUCGGUGUUACUAUAUGUACAGUAUGUAUCUCCAGCAACAGGUCGAGGCUGUGCGUAACCUACAUAACAGGGUCUACCUAUCACUCAACUAUGUACUCCGACCCUAAUACAACACAUGCGGCUCUGCUCUUGAGUCUUAACAGUGCCCAAAAUUCCUACAUAUGUACUUGUAGCAAACUAUCUGGCCUCACGAGGGACCAGUACGUUCCCCCCUGUUGGCAUUCAAGAGCAUGCUAUGUGUAACUAGAUAGGCAGCCCUCCUUUGUCGAUAUCUUACUUAGCUAUCUACCUAGUAUCUCAAUAACUCUUUUACACAAGCUUGUUACGGACAAAUGUAUGCAUUAGAUAGCCAGCCGGUGACAUCACGACCGACUUUGGGACUAUGCGGACUCCUGGACUACAACGUCUCCCUUACGAGAUUAUGGCGUAUAUCGUUAAACACCUAGACAUAGAUGAAGUUUUCGACUUGUCGCUAUCUAGUCGCCACUUUCAGUACCUAGUGAGGGAGGAAAGGUUUUGCAAAGCUAUUAUAACCGCCAAAGCUUCUCAUACGGUAGAGGCGCAUGAAGCACGAAAAAGCGGCCAUUACUCAAGGGCUUUACGACGAGUUGCGAAGAGGUAUCGAGCCUUCGCUCAAGCAUCCCCAUUCGUGAUAGGCAUCGUGGCAGUUGCCGACUCCUAUGAAUAUAUCCAGGGAAUACUUUGCUACAUUGUCGAAAACCGUCCUAAGCGAUGGCUACGUAUUCUUGACCUCCACCGCUCCGCAAGCCAUGAGCUUGUCAUAGAUAUUCCGGCUCUGACUCGCGAGGCGGUGCCAAGGUGUGCGAAAAGCCGUAAAUACAAGUUUCGGGUCUUAUAUCACUCGAGUGGUAUUACAUCGUGCUUACUUUCAUUCGCGUUGCCAGCCCAGGAAAGCUGGCUUAUAAUAUUCAAAGCCGAGGAACAUCGUAUCUUGACUCAAAUUCGAUUAGACUCUACGACUAGGUUAUUCGUACGAAACAACGAGAAUUAUCUAUAUUAUGGGACACACUCGGACGAGGGCGCAGAUGGCUUUAGGAAAUGGGUGCUCACACUCUUCUAUAUCAAUGAUACUUCUAAGCCUCUCCAGAAGAUACAUCUAGAAAAGGUGGUUGGCUACGAUAUUGGUUCCACCGUCUGCUUCGAGAUCAUAGACGAUUAUUUUUAUGGCCUUUCCAAUCAGACCGACUUCGAGAUCCGAGAGACAAAUUGGGAGUCCUAUUACUACUGUUUCCGCUUUCCACUUCAUGAGCCUGAUGUCAAAAAGGCCCAAACCAUGAGGAAAGAAGAGAGUUGGCGGAGACAGCAUUUCGAGGGUCCCAUCGAUGAUAGAUGGGGACUACUCAAGCUUCAGAGAGAUGAGGCCUCGGGCGAAAUCAACAUUAUCGAAUGUCGCAAAGAGUGGUUAACAGGGCUAAGUGGCAGUCGACGAACCUAUUACAUUACAAGGGUGGUCUUUCACGUGGACCUUGAUGUGGGUAGCGGCAGCGAGACCUCAACGCUUGCGAACAAUACGGCUAUAGCUGUUCCAGUCCCAGUCGCAGCCCCAGCUACAAGAAGAAACAUUCGAUAUCUAGAUAGGGGCUAUACCACAGAAAUGCAGACUCGCCAGGCCGCAGAUGUACAUCCAGGAGACAGCAAUUCCGUGACGCUAUCAUUCACACGCAGUCAAACUCAUUUAUCAUCCUAUCAAAGGUGUUGUAAUGCAUGGUUAGACCUAGUUGAUGAUGCGCAUAGCGAAUCGCCUGAUAUCCGGCGCUUACGAUUAAGAUCGGGAUAUCGAAAGAGAAGAUACAAAAAGUCCUCAGACGGCAUGCCGAACGUUGACAGGCAGCCUGAGCUUGCUUCGUCUUCGGCAGAUCCCAGAGUUUCAGUCAAUUGGGUCACCUUUCUAGACCAGAUUGACCAGCAAUAUGAACCUAACAAGAUAUACUUCUGGCCUCCAGAACAACGAUCACCAGAGCAAAAAUCGUUCUUGAAUGAGGUCUACAACAUUCUCAACCCUUCUGGUCACCAUGGUAGUGUAACCUCCUCUAGCGAUGAACGUUCAGUAGUCUACGCAACUGGAGUAAAUUCAGAGGGCUGUCAAGCCUUGGUUUAUGUCAGCUUCGAUCCAGCAGCUAGGCUAUCGGGCAUGUUACCUGGAGAGGACAUGUUGGGAGUGCCGUUUUGCAGCGAAAGCAAGACGAAUGAUGAAAUUGGUUACAAUACGGGAACCACUAAGGCAAGCCGUUCACCCAUCGUGCCCAAAGCCAGGAGUGAAGGAGAUGCUCCUGGUGGUCCCGCUCGCCAACUUUUACCACCGUAUAUACCGAACUCUUCAUCCAUGCAUACGGUAAUGCCUCAUCCUAGAGGUAAUCCUUGGGCCCGGGUAGAAAAAGCUAUGCAUCAGGACCUUGCAAGAGCAUUUUCCUUCGCACGUUGAAGGCUACUGACAACGAUGCAAGUGAGGUGCACUCUCUUCCUCGUUACAUAUCCCCGUACUGUAGGUUGCAUUCUGGUUCGGUUUAGGCGUUGCCUUGCAGCCGGGCUAUGCACAAUGGGCGAGGGUAUCUGUUGGCGAAAGGGAGGGUUGGCCCUCAAUAUUGGUUUGUUGAGUCCGUUCCAAUCUCAUUAUUGCUUCCAUGGCUUGAUAUAUGGUAGCUCGUAGGUCAAUAUGGUCAGCGUAUAUCUCAUCAUCCCUCAUGGCAAUUAAUUCAUAUAUCGAAAUAAUCUGAUACCUGAGAGGUUGUCAUUACCCCUUAACAUCCCUUCCUGCUAUGUCUCUUAGUAGGGAAAAGUGAUAUAUACGAAGUCCUCCGUAUGUAGUAACACCGAUG